ACUCUUGACUGACAGCGGAGGCGGGUAGCGGCCAAGAUGGCGUCGGAGGGCGAUCUAGGGAGGAAAUGGGACCGUUGUCUGGCUGACUCCGCCGUCAAGCUGGGGGCAGGAUUUGGCCUGGGUGUGGUCUUCUCCGUCAUCUUCUUCAAAAGAAAGACCUGGCCACUCGCUUUUGGCUCAGGGAUGGGGCUAGGAAUGGCCUAUUCAAACUGCCAACACGACUUCCAGUCUCCUUACCUUCUCCACGGGAGGUUCAUCAAGGAGCAGUGAUGGGGUCCUGAGCUUCCUGUGGCAGAGCAGUGGAGACACCUUGGCCUCCUCUCCGUGGGGAGACGGGCACCCUGGAGACCCUACGGACUUGCCGCUGCCCCUCUUGGGGGGGCCAGCCGCCCACCACCACCAGGCCUCCAAGCGAAUCUGAUUUUUGUACCUCCUUUGGGGAACAGCAGGGAAAGGUGCCGUUCUGGGAAAGGCAAUAAAACUGGAAAAGCAGUGAU